GCGUGCUUCCCCACCGGACACAGGAGGCAUACAUAUAUGUUCACCCCACUUUCUUCCUCUUCCUCCUCCAGCCCACUUUCUCUUCUCUUGUGUCGUCAGAGCUCCAGGGAGGGACCUGGGCAGACAGAGAAGCCGGAAACAGCAGGCCGGGGCAGUCAGGGUUUACAGUGAAGAGGAAGGCCGGGAGACGAGUGUGUGCGUGUUUGUGUGUGUGGUGUGUUUGUGUACGUGUGUGAUGUGUGUGCGCACACUCAGUUUUUAGGGCCAGCCAAGAACCCGCUGGACAGAGCUACAGACCCAUGGGGCCUGGCAGUGCCCGCUGACAGAGGGAGAAGAUAGCAGCGGGGCUGCCGAGGCACCCUGCACACCCCAGAUCAUGUCUCUGUGGGGUCUGGUUUCCAAGAUGCCCCCAGAAAAACUGCAAAGGCUUUACGUUGACUUUCCCCAGCACCUACGGCAUCUCCUGGCUGACUGGCUGGAGAGCCAGCCCUGGGAGUUCCUGGUUGGUUCAGAUGCCUUCUGCUACAACAUGGCUAGUGCUCUGCUUUCGGCCACCGUCCAGCGUCUUCAGGCCUCUGCAGGAGAGCAGGGGAAAGGAAGUGCCAUUUUGCAACAUAUCAACACCUUGGAGAGCAUGUGUCAGAGGGACCCCCUGAAGCUGGUAGCCACCAUCAGACAAAUACUUCAAGGGGAGAAAAAAGCCGUUAUAGAAGAGUUCCAUCACCUGCCAGGGCCCUUCCAUCGGAAGCAGGAAGAACUAAAGUUUACUACGGCCCUCGGAAGGCUUCAGCACCGGACAAGGGAGGCCCGCCUUCUCCGAGAAUCUCUGCAGCAAGGAACCAAGGCUGGACAAGUGUCUCUCCACAGCCUGAUAAAAACUCCUGCCAAUGGCACUGGGCCAAGUGAGGACCUGGUCACGAUGCUGCAGGGAACCGUAGGGGACCUGGAGGCCACCCAGGCCCUAGUGCUCAAAAGGAUUCAGAUUUGGAAGCGGCAGCAACAGCUGGCAGGGAACGGGGCACCCUUUGAGGAGAGCCUGUCUGGGCUGCAGGAUCGGUGUGAAAGCCUGGUGGAAAUUUAUUCCCAGCUGCAGCAGGAAGUUGGGGCAGCCAGUGGGGAGCUUGACCCCAAGACACAGGCAUCGCUGAUGAGCCGUCUAGAUGAAGUCUUGCGAGCCCUUGUGACCAGCUCUUUCCUGGUGGAGAAGCAGCCCCCUCAGGUUCUGAAGACACAGACUAAGUUCCAGGCUGGAGUUCGGUUCCUGCUGGGUCUGCAGUUCCUGGGGACCUCAGCCAAGCCGCCGCUGGUCAGGGCUGACAUGGUGACAGAGAAACAGGCCAGAGAAUUAAGCCUGCCCCAGGGACCUGGAGCCGGAGUGGAGAGCACUGGGGAGAUCACUAACAACACGGUGCCCCUGGAGAACAGCAUCCCCGGAAACUGCUGCUCCGCUCUGUUCAAGAACCUGCUCCUGAAGAAAAUCAAGCGCUGUGAGAGGAAGGGCACGGAGUCCGUCACGGAGGAAAAGUGUGCUGUGCUUUUCUCUACCAGCUUCACACUGGGCCCCAACAAACUCGUGAUCCGGCUUCAGGCCCUGUCUCUGCCCUUGGUGGUCAUCGUCCAUGGCAACCAAGACAAUAAUGCCAAAGCCACGAUCCUGUGGGACAAUGCCUUCUCUGAGAUGGACCGCGUGCCCUUUGUGGUAGCUGAGCGAGUGCCCUGGGAGAAAAUGUGUGAAACUCUGAAUCUCAAGUUCAUGGCUGAGGUGGGGACCAGCCGGGGACUGCUACCAGAACAUUUUCUGUUCCUGGCCCAGAAGAUCUUUAAUGACAACAGCCUUAGCAUGGAGGCCUUCCAGCACCGCUGCGUGUCCUGGUCACAGUUCAACAAGGAGAUCCUGCUGGGCCGUGGCUUCACGUUUUGGCAGUGGUUUGAUGGUGUUCUGGACCUCACUAAACGCUGUCUCCGUAGCUACUGGUCAGACCGGCUGAUCAUUGGCUUCAUUAGCAAGCAGUACGUCACUAGCCUUCUCCUCAACGAGCCGGAUGGGACCUUCCUCCUCCGCUUUAGUGACUCGGAGAUUGGGGGCAUCACCAUUGCCCAUGUCAUCCGGGGUCAAGAUGGCUCCCCACAGAUAGAGAACAUCCAGCCAUUUUCUGCCAAAGACCUGUCCAUUCGCUCACUGGGGGACCGAAUCCGUGAUCUUUCUCAGCUAAAAAACCUCUACCCCAAGAAACCCAAGGAUGAGGCUUUCCGGAGCCACUAUAAGCCUGAACAGAUGGGGAAGGACCUGAGAGGCUACGUCUCAACUACUAUCAAGAUGACUGUGGAAAGGGACCAGCCCCUUCCUACUCCAGAGCCCCAGAUGCCCGCCAUGGUGUCCCCUUAUGAUCUUGGAAUGGCCCCCGAUUCCUCUAUGCAGCUCAGCUCAGAUAUGGUGUACCCUUCACAGUCUCAUCCCAUCCACCCAUUUCAAAGCCUCCCCUUGGAGGAGUCCAUCAGUGUGCUGCCAGCCUUUCAGGAGCCUCACCUACAAAUGCCCCCCAACAUGAGUCAGAUAAGCCUGCCUUUUGACCAGCCUCACCCCCAGGGCCUUCUGCAGUGCCGGUCCCAGGAGCAUGCCGUGUCUAGCCCAGACCCCUUGCUCUGCUCAGAUGUGACCAUGGCAGAAGAAAGCUGCCUGACUCAACCUGUGGGACCAUUCCCCCAGGGUACCUGGGUCAGUGAAGAUCUGUUCCCUCCCCUGCUGCCUCCCACUGAACAGGACCUCACCAAGCUUCUCCUGGAGGGCCAAGGGGAGGCAGGAGGAGGACCACUGGGAGCCCAGCCCCUCCUGCAACCAUCUCCUUACGGGCAAUCUGGGAUCUCAAUGUCUCACCUGGACCUAAGGACCAAUCCCAGUUGGUGACCCCAGCUGAAGAAGCCCAGAGACAGCUUCCUCUUGUCUCUAUGGACCUGCUCUGGACACUUGCUCAUGCAGGUGCCUCUCAUGUCCAGCUGUUCCCUGGUCAGGCGGAAAGAACUGACUGGAAGGGCGCUAGGUGUACGGAGCCACUAUGCUCCGUCCUUCCUAUCACAUCAGGGCCCCCUUUCCCAGCACUGGGAGCAGGGGGAUGUUCAGGUUCUAAUGUGAUACAGGCCCCCGCAUGCCU